GCCAGGAGCCUAGCUGUUGAGACAGUCUGCAGAUUCCAUAGUUACAGGCAUCAGAAGUUGAGAGACAACUCUCCAUGCAAGUCCAUGCCCUCAGAGAAGACUUUCGGGAGAAAAACUCGUCAACCAACCAGCACAUCAUCAGGCUUGAAAGCCUUCAGGCUGAGCAGGUUCUUGAAAUCAAGAUGCUGUCGGAUCGGAAACGGGAGCUGGAGCAUCGUCUCAGGACCACCUUAGAGGAGAACGACCUGCUCCAGGGGACUGUGGAGGAGCUCCAGGACCGGGUGCUGAUCCUGGAGAGGCAAGGCCAUGACAAAGACCUACAGUAUUCCAGCAUGGGACUCUCUGCAUUCUCUGUUGGCAUUUGGAUUGUUUCCCAUUUGUGGCUCUCAAGAAUAAUGGUGCUGUAGACAUCGUUUGUCUUGCGUGCACAUACACAGCCAUUUGUGUUGGAUCUGCACCUAAAAGUGAACUGCUGGGUCAUGGGACAGCUGUGUAUUUCACCCAGUAGAAACUGCCGGUUUCCCAGAGUGGUUGUACAUCUUCACUCCCAGCAGCAGUGAGAGUCCCGGAUGCUCCACAUCCUCAUCAGCACUUGGUAUCAUUACAUCUACUUGCUUCUCUCUUGUAUUAUUCUGAAGUAAAUCCCAGAAUUUUUAUAAUUUCAUCUGUAAAUAAAGAAUGAUAAGAACUUAAAAAAACAUAGCCAAACAACAUAGCCACAGGGGAUGCCUGGGUGGCUUAGUCAGUUAAG